AUUUCUGUGACUCAUCAACGAGCUAAUAUAAUGGCUGGUUUAAAUUUUAUUCUCGUUAUUGGAAUUGCUGUGAUUUUUAUUUCCAAAGCUACUUGUGAGUCGGAUGAAUCAAAUGAGUCUAAUGAAUUAGAUGAAAUUUUUACAAAAUCAAAAAUGAGAUGGAGAAGUUUGUGUAAAAAAAGUGAAUAUGAUCCAGAAUUUAAUGAGCUAAAUGAUAAUUCACACGAUGAAGUUAAGACAUGUUUAACGAAUGCCAUUAUGAAUUCACUUGGUGAACGUUUUCAAAAUGAAAGUCAGCCACCUUUUAGUAUUGAUUCUGAUUUUGAAAUUGUUUGUGAUAUAUUACCAUUGACAAUAUCAUGCGUUCGUAAUUUUACCAAUAAAUAUUCAUUUUGUUUUAAUGAAACAGUAGUUGAAGGUUUUGAUUUUGUAUAUGAUUGGGGCAAUAAAAUAUCUGACUUCAUGUGCAUGAAUAAAGGAAGACGAAUAAAAGUUAUAUAUGAUCAGGUACAAUGUAUUAAAGAAAAUUCACAGUUGAAUGAAUGCAUACAGGAAGAAUUAAAUUCAAUUUAUUUGCAAAUCAACUCAACUACACCCGAAGAAGAUGAACCAAUUUUUACAAUGAAAGAUUGCGCCUAUAUGUCACAAAUUGAAAAAUGUUUUGUUGAACAUUUGGAUAGAUGUCCUGGAACUGAGCCUGCAUUUUCACCAAGUAACACAGUCAAUGAACUUUUUGUAAUUUUUAAAAAUUUAACAACUUGUGAUACAAUUGAAAAUGAAGAAAAUAAUAAAUCAAAUAUUGUUCUACCUUAAUUUAUAUUUUUAAAUAUAUUAUCGAGAAAAAAUAAAUAUAUAUUUUUAUUAUAUUUUAAAACUUUAAUUAAAAAUUUAUUUUCAAACUA